UCCAGCCGGGCACUCACUGCACCUUCCUGCCACCCUGGGCAGUGUCUGGGCCCUCAGCUCUCCCUCCGUCCACCUGUGGCCUCACACCCACCACCACCGCCGGCCCCGGGGAUCCCAGCCCAGGCGGAGGAAACACCGAGCCUAGAGACAUGGGAGUCCGAGGAGUGUUCCGCCUUUUGCUCCUGUGCCUGAGCCCAGCACUGCUGUCCGCUGUGCGGAUCAACGGGGAUGACCGGGAAACCUUGUACCUGGCGGAAGGUGACAACGUGAGACUGGGCUGCCCCUACGUCCUGGACCCUGAGGACUACGGCCCUAACGGGCUGGACAUCGAGUGGAUGCAGGUCAACUCCGAACCCUCAAAUCGGGAGAACGUGUUCCUUAGAUACCAGGACAAGAGGAUCAACCACGGCAACCUCCCACACCUACAGCAGAGGGUCCGCUUUGCAGCCUCGGACCCCAGCCAGUACGACGCCUCCAUCAACCUCUCGAACCUGAAGGUGUCCGACACAGCCACCUAUGAGUGCCGGGUUAAGAAGACCACCACGGCCACCCGGACGGUCAUCAUCACUGUCCAAGCACGGCCUGCGGUGCCCAUGUGCUGGUCGGAGGGCCACAUGACAUACGGCAAUGAUCUGGUGCUGAAGUGCUUUGCCAAUGGAGGCAGCAUGCCUCUCACCUACAGGUGGGCCAAGAUCAGCGGGCGCACCCACCCCUACCGUGCCGGGUCCUACUAUUCCCAGCAAAGCUUCCACUCUGAGGCCUCCUACCACGAGUCCUUCCACAGCUCCAUAAGUCAAGGCCUGAACAACGGUGAGCUGGUGUUGAAGGACAUCUCCUACCAGGAUGAUGGGCUGUAUCAGUGCACAGUGGCCAACCACGUAGGCUACAGCGUAUGUGUGGUUGAAGUGAAGGUCUCAGACUCCAGGCGCAUAGGAAUCAUCAUUGGCGCAGUGCUGGGCUCCUUGCUCCUACUGGGCUGCCUGUUGCUGGGCAUCUGGGGGCUCGUCUGCUGCUGCUGCCGGGGCACCGGCUGUGCCUGCUGCUACCGCGGCGGGGCCCACGGCGGGGUCGGCGGAGGGCCCUGCUGCGACUUGCCUAAUGAGAUCAGAGAGGACGCUGUAGCGCCCGGGUGCAAGACCAGCGGCCGCGGCAGCCGCGUCACCCACCUCCUGGGGUACCCGACGCAGAACAUCGGCAGCUCGCUGCGCGGCAAGUCCGCGCCUUCGCCCUGCGGCGGCCCAGAGGACGUGGCUCUAGCGUCCCACACCGCCGCCGCCGCCGCCGAAGCGGGCUCCUCCCCGGUCUACGUCAAAGUCAAGAGCGCCGAACCCGCCGACGGCGCGGCCGAGGGGCCGCUGCCGUGCAAGGACGGCCUGCUGGUGUGAGCGCGGGGCGCCGGGCUGCGCGCCGGCCGGGAGGACGCUGCGGGGCUCUCUGCUCGCAGCUGGGGGCGCGCUCAGCCCGGCGCCGACCUCGCCUGCCCCGCGCCGCCGGGCGGCUGGGGGCUGCAGGAGUUUGCCUCGCGAACUGAGCGGGGCGGCCGAGCCUCUUCCCUUCCCGUGGGAGGGGGCGGGGGGGGGGCAGAAAAAGGCCACCCGGUCCCUCUCCGCAUCCCCGGAGCCCCAAGGCUCGGGGAGAGGGAGAGAGGAGGAAAUGUCCUAGAUCGCUGGAGGCCUGGUGUCCCCAGUCAAGGCAGAGAGCCCCGCGGUGGGUGGGGGUCUGGACUGAAUGGUGCCUGUGACAUCUGAGCUCCGAGGGGCCAGUGUUAGCACAAUAAAGAAACUGUAAGACUCGA